AUGGCUUUCUGGAUAGUGAGGAUAAGAAAUGAGACCAAAGAAGAAGAUGAUGAAGUUGUGUGCCGACACAAACAUACGCCUCCACUGCUGCUUCUCUCGAUCGUUGCCUCCUCAAGCAAGCUCUCUCCUGUGAAGCCACCGCCGUUAGCCAUCUCCUCCCCUUUGAAGCCACCGGCCGGAGACGUCGCAUCGAGCAACACCGGAGACGGUCGCACCCAACAGCUAAGGUGUUUUACAUCUGGUUAA